CGGAACUUACCCAUGCGACUUGGAGGCGCACCGGCUCCGAGCAGCAGAAACAUCGCACUAUGGCCUCUCUCUAAGCCUUGCGUACGAGAGAGUACAAAUCUAACCGGCAAUCCGUCACCAUCGACGCCUUGAUCAUGGACCUCCAGUCCAGAGGCUUAUUUGGGAGUUAUCGCAAUUAUCAAUAGCACUCCCGAAGAGCGAUAUUAUUAUAUAUUUUUUAAACCACUGUCACUUUUGAACAUCCUGGGAUUUAAACCGAAGUGACAUCAGUAGCACUCACCCCAUCUGCCGGUUAGCCAACUAGUUCGCUAAAGUCAAUAGCCAAGAAGGGCUUCACUCGUCUGUUGCAGGAAGGACAAGCAAACAAACUUUCACCAACAGAAGACUGACCAGAGGCUGAUACCCCAAGUUCCCAAUUUACGACCCUGACACUGUUGGUACCUGGCUGGCAACACACAGCCACCCUAAUGCAGACGAAUAAAAGAACGUGAAAUGAACAAACCACCACAACCUAUAACGGGACCCACCUCUGUCCCAAAUCCCUCCCCGUCUCCUGGAUUAACCCAGGCUGCAUACGGCCCCGGACAACCACCUUCUCUUGUUUUUGCCACCCCUCCACCUCCACAAAUGAACUCCGCACAGCAGCCGAGACAGUUUGCUACAGGGCCUCGUACUUUACACCAACAGGGUGGAUACAGAGCAUUGCAGGCUUACUAUCAGAGUCGACCCACUAUGGCCGCCAGCGCUCCUAGGGUGCAGACAAGCAGCGGCCCUCGACCUGUUGCACCUGCGCAUGUGUACCCUACCAGCUCCCAGAUGAUGAUGAUCCCCCAGCAGCAGAUUCCUUUCGGUGGCUCUCCUCAGGGCUAUUUUAUCCCAUCUGGACAGUACCGUACUCCAUACAUGCCUCCUACCCAACAGUAUCCUGUGACCAGCGGCACAGGUUUCUAUCCUGGGACUAGUCCUGCAGAAUACUCUGCUUACGAGCCCUCUCUUGCUGCGAGGGAGAGGCGGGGUGGUGGGGGGAGAGGGGGCGGGCGAGAGAACGGCCGUCUCUCUCUCCACGGUGCUCCUCUCACCUCCCAGCGUUACCCCGCGGGAGCGUACUACCCUGCUCAGCCGCAGUACUCUGCGUCAGUCCAGCCAGCGCCGGUGAUGAUCAACCCACAACAACCAGCUCCGCCUCCCCAGCAAGCACCCACACAGCCGCAAGCCCCGCCAAAGAGGGAACGCAAGCAGAUAACAAUACGAGACCCCAACCAAGGUGGGCGUGACAUUACAAAGGAGAUCAUGUCGGGUGGAAGAUCUACCACAGCAGCAACCCCCCCACAGGCAUCUGUAGCAGAAGUAAGUAUUGCCCAGACCAAUGGUGAAGUCGGACAGACUGUUACUGUAGUGACAAGAAGAGAUGAGCCGGCGGAGUCUUCUCCCUCCCCUGAAAGUCCUCCACCUGCUGCUCCGGCAAACACGGAUCCUGUGGUGGAGACCAAACAGGAAGUAAACAGACAACUUACGCCGCCUGUUGAAUUAGCAACUCAAUCUGUGGCCGCUGCGGCCGCAGCAGAGAGACUUUCCCCGUCGCUAAAGGAGCGGCAGUCUCCGCCUUCUCUCCCAUCAGCAGCAGCAGGUAUCAGCAGUGUUGCUGAAGCAGAAACGACGGUCAGCUCGAAAGCCGCCGACACAGUGGAUGCUCCGGUCAGACCUUCUGCAUCACCGGUAGCACAAGAGACGCCGGUGAAAACAGAGGAGCCGCAGGCUGCUCCGUCUGCAGAGAAAGAGGUGAAGCCAGAAGGAGCUCAACUGGAAAAAGAGGAACCGACAGCUAGCGCCAAGUCAGAACCCCCUGUUGAAGUUGCAGUCACCCCUGUGGAGACUGUGAAAGAGGACGCUGCUGCAAAACCGUCAAGCGACGUCUCUCGGCCCCUCGCUGUACCAGAACCUGCUGCUUCACAGGCCGAGGAUGCGGACCAGAGCUCAGAACCAGAACUGGUUGCGGUUCGGCCAGCAGAGUCUCUUCUUCCCAACGGCCUUCCUCAGGAGACUGAAGAACUCUCUGAAGAUGUCCCGGUGUCUGACGCUACGCCCCAGGACAAACCCGACCCUUCUCAAUCUCAGGAAUCAGUGACACCAGCACAGAAAGAAGAAGAAGAAGAGGAGGAGGAGACAAAGGAGGAAGAGCAGCUGCAGAAGAAAACUGAAGAUGCUCCUCUUGCCUCUGCCAGCUGCCCAGAGGAAACUACUAUGCAAGCUGCUACGUCUGUGCCAAAGAAGAAGAAGAGCAUGAAAGAGCUCAACAAAAAAGCCAUUGGGGGCCUUCUGGAUGCCUUCAAAGAGCAGGAGCCGGAUGCCAAGCCUGUUCCUGAACCCUCAGUAGUCCAGGUCAGCCCUCCAGCGACAGCCGAGCCUCCCGCUGAAGCGGUAGAUGAGACCUGGGAGGAAAAAGAGGACAAGCAGAGUGCUGAACCGGACAAGCUCAAAUCCACGCUCGAGCCAACUGAGCAGAAAUACCAGUACAAAGAAGACCUGGGGGAGCCAAUAAACCCAGAAGCAAAGAAGCGGUAUGACAGAGAGUUUCUUCUGGGCUUCCAGUUUAGCAGCGCCAGUAUGCACAAACCAGAGGGUCUGCCUGUCAUCAGUGACGUUGUCCUAGACGAGGUAAACAAGACUCCGCUGCGACCUGUUGAUCCCAGUCGACUGAUGAGCGUGGGUUCGGAUUUCACUCCUACAUAUUUGGGGGGUCUCGGAGGCAAAUCUGCAGGACGACCCCAGCCCUCUGGGUCACAUCGCUCCCAGCAGAGCUUGCGAAAAGAGCCCAAGAAGAUCAUCAUCAUCAACAGCAGGUCCCUCACGGACAGCGUGCAGCUCAACAAAGCUGCGAACGCCUGGAAGCCCUCGACCAUAAAGCCCGAAGACGGCAACUCCGAAGAGGCCGACGCUGAGCAGGCGAAGACUCAGGAGCUGUUCAAGCGUUUGCGCAGCAUCCUGAACAAGCUCACCCCGCAGAAGUUCCAGGAGCUGAUGAAGCAGGUGAUGGAGCUGAAAAUAGACACAGAAGAAAGGCUGAAGGGAACCAUCGACCUCAUCUUCGAGAAGGCCAUCUCGGAGCCCAACUUCUCCGUAGCCUACGCCAACAUGUGCCGCUGCCUUAUAGGGCUGAAAGUGCCCACCCCGGAUAAACCUGGAAACUUUGUGAACUUCCGCAAACUUCUCCUCAACCGCUGCCAGAAGGAGUUUGAAAAGGACCAGGACGAUGAUGAGUUUUUUGAGAAAAAGCAGAAAGAGAUGGAAGCUUCCAAGAAUGACGAGGAGCGUGAGCGUUUAAGGGUGGAACUGGAAGAGGCCCGAGACAAAGCUCGAAGGCGCUCGCUGGGUAACAUAAAAUUCAUCGGCGAACUCUUCAAGCUGAAAAUGCUGACGGAGGCCAUCAUGCACGACUGUGUGGUCAAACUACUGAAGAACCAUGACGAAGAAUCUCUGGAGUGUCUCUGCAGACUGCUGUCCACCAUUGGCAAAGACCUGGACUUCGAGAAGGCCAAGCCUCGUAUGGAUCAGUAUUUCAACCAGAUGGACAAGAUCAUCAAAGAGAGGAAAACCUCGUCCAGAAUCCGCUUCAUGCUGCAAGAUGUUUUGGACCUAAGAAAGAAUAAUUGGGUUCCUCGUAGGGGAGAACAGGGUCCCAAAACAAUUGACCAAAUUCAUAAAGACGCAGAGAUGGAGGAGCACCGGGAACAGAUCAAAGUCCAGCAGCAGCUGCAGUCAAAGAAGGACAACCGGGGUCCGCACACGCCAGCGAGGGGCCGGGCGGCCCAGCCCCAAGACGAGGGCUGGAACAUGGUGCCCAUCUCCACCAAGAAUCGACCCAUCGACAUCACCCGCCUUAGCAAGAUCACAAAAGUAAAACCUCUAAAACCCCGAGC